CCGUGGGUACAGAACGUCGAGUAUUCACGACGGUGUAAAUAAAAGUAAAGUAAACAAAAACAUAACACAUCCACAUCAUAAACCAGACAAAACGACAAACUUGAUGGUUUGAACUUUUCAGUUUUCAAGUUUUUAACAAACAUGUCACAAACAUUUGUUAGAAAUUUCGAAAUUGAGUCACUCAAUAAAACACUUGAAAUGCAACAAAAGGAGGUUGGUGAUGUUAGCUGUGUGAUUUGGGAUGCCGCGAUAGUCCUAUCAAAAUAUAUUGAAAUUUUGUGUAAAACUGACUGUGACUAUCUCAAAAACAAAAAUGUGAUAGAAUUGGGAGCUGGAUUAGGAUGUGCAGGAUUAGUGGCAUCUUGUUUUGGUGCAAAAGUAACAAUGACUGACCUCCCCGAGGUUCUGGAUAACUUGACCAACAACAUAGAGCACAACAGAAAAUUAUGGCAACCGUGUGGAGGCAAUGCAGAAGCUAAGCCACUCAGAUGGGGCUCAAUAGACGGUCAGAACUUCCCUCCGCCAGACUUGCUGAUAGCUGCCGAUUGUGUGUACUACAACGAGUCUGUAGAACCGCUGGUAGAGACGAUGGUCGCUCUGUCAUCGGAGAACACAGAAAUUAUCCUCUGUCAGGAGGAACGGGACACUGAAAAGCAGCAACAAGCUUGGAAAAUGUUCCUCCAGCUGUUCAACAAACAUUUUGACUGUGAAAAAGUCCCAACCAAGGACCAGCAUUCUCUGUACUCUUCCGACGAAAUCGUCAUCUUUAGAGCAAAGAAGAAAUUGUAAAUCGUGAUUAGCAGCAUAUUAUGCGACAUGUCCAUACACAACUGUGAUUUUUUUAUUUCUUAGAUAUAAGAACAGACAUAUUUAAUUUAUGUUUUACAUGUGAGAGUUUGAAUUGUUUUCAUGAACCUAUUAUAUGAUAAACAAUUUUGUUACAUAACAUUUAUAUAGUAUUCUGUUGGAGAUGAUUAAUUUGAAAUAUAAUAUGUUUUUUUACUUGA